GGGUAUUGUAAGAGAAACCAACGAGGUACUUACGGAUUUAGAAUGGCGAAAUUUACAAGGUGAAAGAGUGUGGAGGGAGUUUACCCUGAUUAAAGAAUUAUAUUACAAAGCAGAUGACGUGUUGGAUGAGUUGUCAUAUGAAGCCACCAGGAGAAUUAUUCAAAUGGAGGAGGAGGAGGAGAAGGAGAUCCAAAAGUACUGCUGCAUGAUGAACAGAAAGGAAAUUACAAUGUCUAUGAGAGAUUAUGCAGCUGGAAAAAUGGGUAUGAGAGAUUUUGCAGCUGCUGGUAAAGAGUUGAUGAUCUCUUCUACCACUCUCGGACGACGACGAGGACGAGGUGUUCAGGAGGAGUAUGAAAAGCUUCAGGGUAUUGUAAGAGAGACAAAAGUGAUACUUAUGGAUCUAGAGUGGCGGAAUUUGCACGAUGAAGGGAAUGAUGAAGUAAGAGAGUGGUUGGAAAAGACUACAAAAUUAUAUUGCGAAGCAGAUGACAUGUUAGACGAGUUGUCAUAUGAAGCCAUGAGAAUUAUUCAACUGGAGAGGGAGGAGGAGAUCCAAAAGUACUACUGCAUGACCACCAAAAAGGUAUGCAUUGAUUCCUUGCCAUUACUGUUAUUCUGUCCCAGAAUGUCUCGUAAAAUCAAGGAUUUCCAACAUGUGCUAGAUGAGCUGAAACAAAAACUGAAAAUGAAAUUCCCCGAUUCUAGAGUGGUAGAGAAUCAUGGAAUACAUGAAGUAGGCCUCUCACUGACUACCAUUGAUAUUGAUUAUGCUUUUGAACAAGUAUAUAAAAUUGAUGUGGAUAAAACAGAUCAAGUAUUUGGAAGAGAGGAGGACAAAACAAAGAUUGUUAAUAUAUUGUUAAUGGAUCAUCAUCCAAACAAUAUUAAUGAACAACAGAAGCUCUUAGUCAUCCCAAUAAUAGGGGCUCCCGAUGCUGGGAAAAAAACAGUAGCAAAGCUCAUCUUCGAUGAUGAGACAAUAAAGUCACAUUUUGAUCUGAGAUUUUGGGUUUAUGCGAGGUCGAAGGGGUACGAAUUUGAAGUGAAAAGGGUUGUAAAAGAAAUAGUUGAACAGUCUCCUAGAAGAAGAAGUAUGGGUGAUUUAACAAAUUGGGACAAUUUACAACACAUGUUAGAAGAGAUUUUGAGUGGGAAAAAGUUUUUACUUGUGUUGACCGACGUGUCUCUCUGGAGCAGAGAUGAAGAAAGAUGGAAUAAUUUAAAAACUUUGCUAAGAGUUGGGUCCAUAGGGAGCACAAUUAUUGUAACAUUACAAUUUCGAAGUGAUGCCUCGAUAAUGGGGACAGUUCCUCCAUAUGAAUUAGGUGAACUAUCACUAGAAGCUAGUUGGGAAUUGUUCAGGAGAAAAGCAUUUGCAUUUGGGAGCAGAGGAGGUGCACUGGAGAGUGCAGAUCUUGUUAGUAUAGGACGGAAACUUGUUCGGGAAUGUGGAGGUUUUCCAUUAGCGUUAACAAACCUAGGUGCCAUGAUGUGCUUCAAGGAAAAUACAGAAGAGUGGAAAGCUGUCCUAAAUACGAUGAGAGCAAGAAGUUUCUAUGGUAUUCAAAAGACUAAUGUGCUGAAGAUUUGUUACGAUGACAUGGAGUCACCAUUGAAACGAUGCUUUGCAUAUUGUUCAGUAUUUCCCAAGAAUUUUAUAAUUGAGAAGAAGAAAUUGAUUCAACUGUGGAUGGCGCAAGGUUUCCUAGAACAAGAAGCAUCAUCAUCAUCAUCAUUGUUGAUUAAUAAUGGUGGUGGAGAUCAUGAUGGUGUUAUAUUAAUGGAGGAUAAAGGUAAUGCAUAUUUUAAAUCACUGGUGAUGAGGUCCUUCCUUCGAGUUGUCAAAAUGGAUGAUAAAGGGGAACCAUUAGAGUGCAGGAUGGAGGAUGGUUUACAUGAUUUUGCAUUGGGAUAUGUUGAUACGGGGCCAUAUAGUGGAACCUAUUAUCUAUCACAUCUUGUUCGUGAUGAAUUUAACUCAAUUCCGGGCAUAUUCUUCUCCAUGACGAACCAAGUUCGGACAUUGCUUGAUUGUCCUAAUGAUAUUUCUUCUUAUGCCAAGUCAAUCAAGUUUUAUAAGACUCUGCGUGUACUAGAACUUAGACACAUCAAAAAAGAUGAGUUGCCAUUAUCAAUUGGAGAGUUAAUACACUUGAGGUAUCUUGAUCUUUCCCAUGGUAGGUUUAAAUCAUUACCUGCCUCGAUUUCCAAACUCUACCAUUUGCAAACUUUGAAGUUGUUACAUUGUAGAUUUCUUCAAAGAUUACCUGAAGGGAUGACAAAACUGAUCAACCUAAGGCAUCUAGAAAUUGAAAGUAGCCUGAUCACUCCAAGAGGUUUUGGGCGACUAAGUAACAUUCAAACCUUCACUAUAUUUAAGGUGGGAAACAGUGUUACCGAAGCUGGUAUAGAAGAGCUUCAAUGUCUAGAACAACUUGGAGGAAGGUUGAGUCUAAUUGGUCUCAACAAUGUUAAAAAUGGAGCAGAUGCUGAAGCGGCAAAUUUGAAGGAGAAAAGACGACUCCAAGAGUUGACAUUAGAAUGGGAAUCGGAUUGGCAUGUUUGUACCGAAGAGGAUAGCAAGAAACAAGAAGUCGUAUUGGAGGAACUCCGACCUCAUCCAAAUCUAUUUCUUUUGCGGAUACUACGUUUCAGUGGCACCAAGCUCCCUACAUGGUUGAAUAAUAGGAAUUCACAUCUCUUAAAUUUAAGGGAACUGUGUAUUUACUCAUGUCACCAUGUAAAGUCUUUGGAUAUGACAGAUCUGAGGUCUCUUCAGAAAUUGAUGAUUUCAUACUGUGAAAAUAUGGAACAUGCAGGAGUUGAGGGUCUCAUGCACUUGGAGCUUUUGGAAUUCAGGGGAUGUGAUAAGCUGAAAUCUCUUGGAGUCAAGAAGGGCACAAAUCAGGAAGAGCAUCAAGUGGGUUCUUCACGAGACAAGCACGUGCACAAUAUAGUGAAUCUUCGUAGUCCUUUGAAGGUGCGGAUAGAAACCUGUGAUCGUCUUACAACUUUACCAGAGAAGCUCCUGUAAUCACUGAAGACACUACAUAUAGAAAAUUGUGCAAACCGAAUGGUUUUGACGAAUGGCUUAGAGAACCUUUCAUUGCUUCUUCACUUGCAGAUAGAAAAUUGUCCAAAUCUAAAGGAAUUGUCAAAGGGUGUAGGACAUCUCUCAUCUCUUCAACACUUUGUAAUUAGGGAAUGCCCUAAGCUCAUGUUUUUAUCAGAAGAGAUGCAAUACUGGACAUCGCUGCAAACACUCAGUGUAGUUGCUUGUGCAAACCUAAGGGAUCUGCCAAAGGGCAUUACGAAACUUACAUCACUUCAAGAGUUGGAGAUCAAUGGAUGUGAUUUUUUGGUCUCCUUGCCAGAAGAGAUGCAGCAAAUGAAGUCGUUACAAUUACUAAAGAUUGAGCGGUGUUCACAUUUGAGGGCUUUACCUGCCAGCCUGGGCAACCUCUCAUUGCUUCAAGUACUGGAAAUUUCAAGUUGCAAUAGCUUGAUGUCUUUGCCGGGAGAAAUGCAGAACUUAAAAUCACUAGACAGACUGAAGAUACAAGGCUGUGAUAAUCUGAUAUUACCAGAGGAAAAGGGAAACCCCUACACCCUUCGUGUGUUGGCUAUUAUUGGUUGUCCUAAUCUAGAAGUUCUACCAGGGGACUUAGGAAACCUCCAAAACCUCCGUCUAUUGGAAAUAACUGAUUGUUCCAGUCUAACAUCUCUACCAAGGGGCUUGGGAGAGCUCUCAUCACUUGGAUCUCUGUACAUCCAAAGAUGCCUUAAUCUGACAUUGUUCCCUGACACUUUGCCUCACAUGACAUCCUUACGAGUACUUUGGUUGAUCGAGUGUCCCAAACUAGAAGUUUUGUCCAGCGGGUUGAGAUCUCUGUCAGCACUUGAGAAGUUGACCAUAUGGGGAUGUCAUAAACUCAUCAAGCUUUUUCCUGGGGAGGACUUCUUGGGGAUUCAAGCCCUGAACUCAUUACAAGAGCUGAUCAUUUCGAAUUGUUCAAAACUACAAACCCUUCCAUAUGGAUUGGAGAAUCUCCCGUCACUUAAAGUGCUGGUUAUUUGGAAUUGCCCCGAAUUGGAGUCUUUUGAGAAUGUGAUGCUACAGCUGAAAGAGAGAAAGUUACAAAAAUUGAACAUAGAACACUGUCCUUACCUAGAGAUCAUAGAUGAUGCAUCUUAAUCCUCUGUUACAGACUACAGAAUUAUGAUGCUUCAACACUCCAACUAUGAUAUGACACUGCCCAAAAAAGAAAAAAAAAAAAAGAGGAAGAAGCUAUGAUACGACACUUCAAAGGGUUUUGAAAAUGGCUGGUUUUCCUUCAGAAGGCACUGAUACGAGUGGGACAGAUCCCCGAGGGCCCUGAAGGUGAGGAGUCUUCAAGGUUUGAGAUGUUUAUGAUUACACAUAAGAAGAAGAAUGGACAGUAGGUAGAUGUGGCUUCACAAGAAACAAUGAUAAAGUGUCAAAUGGCAGAGUUGAAGCAAGAAAUGGUGGAAGAAAGAAAAGUUGAUGGAAGCAUUGGCAGAAAAAUGAAAAAAUAUGAAGCAAGAGCUGGAA